AUGGCAACAAUGCCAAGCCAAACAAAAACUCAAAAGCCUUCAGGAGGCGGAGUCAAUGUUAGUAAUAGCAACAAUAAAUCCAGUAAAAAAAUAAAAUCAAAACGUCCCGGACGUAAAACAGCCUCGAAGACAAAGGUGGUAGUUCGUCGUCUCCCGCCGAAUGUGCCCGAGGAAAAGUUUAUGGAAUCGGUCAAACAAUGGGCGAAUGAAAAAACUAUAGAUUGGUAUAGAUUUCAUCCGGGGAGAGUUAGUAAGAGUAAAAAUAAAGAGAAUAUAUUUUCGCGUGCAUAUUUCCAUUUCAAAACUGAUGAAAUGGUGUUAGAAUUCCAUCGUGAAUACGAUAAUCACUUGUUUGUCGAUAGCAAAGGAAAUGAAACGAGAGCCGUCGUAGAAUUUGCACCUUUUCAAAAACUUCCUAAAGAGCGCAAGAAGCCUGAUCCACGACAAGGCACAAUUGAAUCGGAUCCAGAUUAUCUUGCGUUUGUUGAAUCAUUGAAAGCAGAAGAAAGUGCACAAUUAUCGUCUAAAGAGGCGAUCGCACAAGAAGGUGGAACUACUCAAUUGGAAAAAUUAGAAACAAGAUUAGCAAUAGCGGCUGCCAACGCAGCAGCUGCCGCGGCUGCUACCGAGAAACCCAAGACCACGCCACUACUUGAACAUCUACGCGCGAUUAAAUCAGGUCUUAAAGCUAAUAAGCUACCGCCACCAAAAACUAUCAUAAAAUCAUCGUCAUCGUCCGUAGGUGUUAUGUCUCCUCCAUCAACUCCCAAACUUGGUGGUGGCAUUGGUAACAAUGGAGGGGGACACAGCAACAAUGGAUCGAAACAAUCAAAAAGUCCUAAUGGAUCUCCCGAUGCACAAAGCUACGAACAAACUCCACAGACGGCAGUGGGAGCAUCAACUAGUUCAUCUGCUUCAAGUCCAGAAAAGAAAUUUGAUGCUAGAGAAAUGGAGCGUGAAAGAGAUACAAAAAGAAAAUUUUCUAUUCAGCCGCAACAAAAAGAUAAAAUACGUCAGAUAAUUCAACGUCCAGUUCCUAAAAAAGAAGAUGAAUCCGAGACGAUCGAAAAUCAAUCAACUACAUCUUUACUUGAUUCUAAAGUUUCUGAAACGGAUCAAACACCACCGGCUGUUGCUCCGAGUGCUGCAAAUGUAAAAACAGAAUCAUCAUCAUCCCCAAUUCAACAUUCUAUCUCCUCUUAUAGGGGUCCUCCCAAAAGACCUAAAGAUCAUGGUCAUCCUCGUCGUCGUGAAAAGGAACGAAAUAAGAAAAUGAUUGCUGAGGCGAAAACACCUGAGGACGUGGAGGCAGAGGUUAUUUUUCAAGACGUGGAAGAUGGUAACAAAUAUUAA